UCACUCAGGGGAAGCUAGCGCCGCUAUUUUAGCGCAGAGGUUUCAUCACAGCUUCCGGUUUUGGGAGGAAACACUGGAGAUUCCCCGACAAAACAAAGCUUCAGAUUGGACGCCAGGAUCUAUUAUUCCACUUCUGAAAGGAUUUUUCCAAGGGCUGGGAGGAGCAGGAUGUGACUUUUACUUUGAAGUUCUUAGCCGCGACUCUCUUCUUCAGUUCACAUCGCGAUUGCUUAAUCGCAGUAAGAUGGCGCUGUGUGGAGGGGCGGACAGAGUUUCUCACAGCAUGGAUAAGAGCAUAACACUCCCCCCUGACGAAAUCUUCCGCAAUUUGGAGAACGCCAAGAGGUUCGCUAUAGAUAUAGGUGGCUCUUUGACAAAGCUGGCCUAUUACUCCACUGUUCAACACAAAGUUGCCAAAGUAAGGUCGUUUGAUCACUCAGCCAAUGAGACAGAUGGAGACCAUCUUUAUGAGAUAUCCGUACAGGAGGAAAUCACCGCUCGACUCCACUUUAUCAAGUUUGAGAAUGCCUACAUCGAAACCUGCCUUGAUUUCAUUAAGGACCACCUGGUCAACACCGACACCAAAGUCAUCAAAGCUACUGGUGGAGGGGCGUACAAGUUCAAGGAACUUAUAGAGAAAAAGUUAAAGCUUAAAGUGGACAAAGCGGAUGAGAUGACUUGUCUGAUUAAGGGCUGUAACUUUGUGCUGAAGAACAUCCCACAUGAGGCUUUUGUAUAUGCCAGACAUGCAGACUCUGAAUUCCGUUUCCAGAAUACACACCCAGACAUUUUCCCCUAUCUGCUUGUUAAUAUUGGCUCCGGGGUCUCCAUAGUAAAGGUGGAAUCAGAGGACAGGUUUGAGCGGAUUGGUGGAAGUUCUAUAGGUGGUGGGACCUUUUGGGGUCUUGGAGCUCUACUCACCAAAACUAAGAGGUUUGAUGAGCUGUUGAACUUGGCUUCUAAAGGACAUCACACAAAUGUGGAUAUGCUUGUUAAAGACAUCUAUGGAGGUGCUUACGGUUCCCUGGGCUUAACUGGAGACCUCAUUGCAAGCAGUUUUGGAAAGUCAGCCACCACAAAUAAAGAGUUCUCUAAAGAGGACAUGGCGAAGAGUCUACUGCACAUGAUAAGCAAUGACAUCGGACAGCUGGCCUGCCUUUACGCCAAACUACAUAACCUGAACAGAGUUUAUUUUGGAGGAUUCUUCAUUCGAGGACACCCGGUCACCAUGCACACUAUUACCUAUAGCAUCAACUUCUUUACUAAGGGUGAGGUCCAGGCUUUGUUUUUGAGACAUGAAGGCUAUCUGGGUGCUAUUGGGGCCUUUUUAAAGGGUGCAGAGGAGGACAACCCUAACCAGUAUAGUUGGGGUGAGAACUACGCAGGUAGCUCUGGUCUCAUGAGCGUGUCUCCAGAAAUGAAUCCUGUCCAGCGGGCACGCAGCGGAACUUUUGAUAUGUUGGAGAUGGAUCGACUGGAGAGGCAGCUGGUGAAUCUGCCUCUGCUGCAGGAUCCGUCCUCUUAUAUUCCAGAUACAGUGGAUCUGAGUGAGGAUGCUUUGGCCCGAGAGUACUGGCUCUACUGCUUUGAGGAAGCAUUGGAUGGGGUUGUAAAGCGGGCAAUGGCCAGCCAGAGAGAUCAGCCCGGGGCUGUCGAGAGAGCAGAGAAGUUUCGGCAGAAGUAUUGUCACAAACUCCAAACUCUGCGGCACCAGCCUUUUGCUUAUGGAUCCCUCACCGUCCGAAGUCUUUUAGACACAAGAGAGCACUGUUUAAACGAGUUCAACUUUCCUGACCCCUAUUCUAAGAUCAAGCAAAAAGAGAAUGAUAUGGCUCUGAAAUACUAUCAGAAGGUGGUGAGGUCGGUGGAAGAGAUGAACUGGGAGCAGAGACAGUUCGCGCUGGUCAAAGGUCUUCUGGCCGGCAAUGUUUUCGACUGGGGAGCCAAAGCUGUGUCAGACGUGCUUGAAUCAGAUCCAGAGUUUGGGUUUGAUCAAGCAAAACAACAGCUACAAGAGCGCCCUUGGCUUGUGGAUGCUUAUAACCAAUGGAUUGAGAGGUUAAAGGGCCCUCCUCAUAAAUGUGCAUUAUUAUUCGUAGAUAAUAGUGGAAUAGACAUUAUACUUGGAGUUUUCCCUUUUGUUCGAGAACUCCUCAUUCGGGGCACAGAGGUGAUACUGGCGAGCAACUCAGGCCCCGCCCUGAAUGAUGUCACGAACAGUGAAUUGCUUAUCUUAACGGAGAGAAUAGCAGAGAUGGACCCUGUCAUUCAUGAUGCGCUCAAAGAAGACAGGCUGGCUUUGGUGCAGAAUGGUUCUAGCUCCCCUUGUUUAGACCUCAGUCGCUUGGACAAAGUCCUGGCCACGGUUGUAAGGGAACGUGGCACAGAUCUUGUGAUCAUCGAAGGCAUGGGAAGAGCCAUCCACACCAACUACUACGCCAUGCUCAGCUGCGAGAGCCUUAAACUCGCUGUCAUCAAGAACUCCUGGCUGGCCGAUCGUCUCGGAGGCAAGAUCUUCAGUGUCGUCUUCAAAUAUGAGGUCCCUAAUAAAGCCCAAGGGCAUUAUUAGGAUUGUGAAGAGGUUUUUAGAGGUAACGGCACAAGCUCUGAAAUGCAAAGAUUGAUAAUUGGUCCUGUGUUUCUUCAUGAAAUUGACAUGAUGAUUGUAUGCUUUUUUUUUUUUUUUAAUCAAAAUCAAUAAUAAGGUUGCGGUCGUGUUUGCCUGUUCUGAAAUUGAAUGUGUGCGUGUGCCCGUGGCCUCCCUCAUAACAAUUGGAUGACAGCUGUUUUUUUUUUUCUUGUGAUGCGAUUGAAAUUUAUUAUUCUCAGGAUUCCGUUGCUGACCAAUGGUCCUUUGUAGAUUUCAGGAUGGAUUGCAAUGACAAAUAUACCAUUUAUGAAUGGUUUUGACGUUGGUCUGUGUGUUUAGGAUGUGGUGGUCGAAAAAUCAUGUUCAGUUUUUCCAGCAUGUUUCAAAUUGUUUAUCACGCCACAUUUGUUGCUGCCACACUGAAGCAUAUCUCAUUUAACUUGCAUUGUGUUUUAAUGAUUACCGUCUCUGUUCCCAUGACAACAUUUGGUAGUGACAAUGAUUUUUUGGAUCUAUUGAUACAUCGCACUUCCACUGUGGAGAUGUAAAGUUAAACACAUUAUUAUGUAUUUGUGCCUUAAGCUUGUGGAGAACACAGUGGCAGUCCAACUGAAGUGUAUAAAAACGCGUUCUUUCACAAAAUAGUUUUUCGAUAAACAAUUGAUGGAAUCUAUAUUUUGCCUCCUCACAGCAAUGUGAUACAAGGAGUGUUGCACUUAAAGAUAUUUUAAAUUAGUUGUACAUCCACUAGAUGUCAGUGUUGUAUUGUAGUAAGACCCCCACAAAAAGAUUUUUCAUGAAGGCUGUUGUUAACAUGACAGACCGUUUUUUUUUUUUUUAUGUGCGAAUGUAACCGAAUUCUGAAAGGAGUCUGCAGUGCCUGCUUCAGAUAUUGCAUCAUUAAUACAUUUAUCUUAAAGUCCAAGCAGGUCUCGCUUUCUACCAUCUGUGGAAAUCUUUGUCAUCUUAAAUACAUUUCAGGGUUGUAUAGCACAGCAUUGCCUCACUGUCCCAGUUCUCUUUUUCCUUGUGUGUGUGUGUGUGUGUGUGUGUGAGAGAGAGAGAGAGAGAGAGAGAGAGAGACCCAUUUAUUGUAUUUUCCUGACACAGAGAAAUAAUGUAUAACAUGAUCAUCUGUUUGUGGGCACUAACAGUGAAAGAACAGCGUUUUCAGGGCUAUAUUACACAUCACAUGUUAAUUUUGAUUGGUUGUUUGAUUCUGUCUACAGUAUUUGUCUUGUGUGGCCCAGAAAAAACAUGUAUGAAUAUUCAUUCAGUAUUGUAAGCUCAGCGUGUACAUCAAUCUGACUAAAGGUUAUGAGAUAUGUAGUCUAAAAUGAAAUGUGUGUUGCACAGUUUGUUGGAAUUGGCCAUCGUGGAUAUAGCAGGGCAAAUAAUGCAUUGUGGGCUCUCAGACUAAAGCUGUUUGUACAGGCCUCCAUUAUUAUAGUCCAAAGUCCGACUUUACUUUACUAAAGCAUUAAUUUUUUGUGAGAUUUUGUAAAAUGAAGUGUAAAUAUGAUGCAAGCAUGUACAUAAAAUGUACUCUUAAUUUGCAUAUCUUGACAUACUUUAGAUGCUCAGUAUUUAAGAAAUGCUCACUUGACAAUGAUAUGUAAUUCUAUGUUAAAUAUAUUUUACAUUAUCUACACUCA